AGAAAUCGUCUGCUUAUCGAUAUACAUUUGUACAUGAUCUACCGACUGAACACUGACUUCGGGAUUUUCCGAUAGCCGUGGUAAGGAAUCUUCCGAUGCCGCGACGUCAUCUACGGAAAAUCACGGAAAGUUCCGGAGAGUCCCGAACGAUUUUCCGAUAUUCGCUUCCACGUUCUCGGGAAUAUCCGUUACGUCUUGCAAAUUAAUAUAAUUUAUGAGUAUUGGAAAAGCCCACUUGUUUAGGAACCAGUGUUCUCGAGUCACUUUCUUCGAUUCUUGGUUGAAAUCAUUUCUUUCUACUGCACGGCAAAAAUUCAAUACCAGCAGGCCUAAACUUUCUCUGAAGGCAUCCGGCGAUAUUAUGAUGAUGAGGGAAGAUGAAUAGAUUUGCAAAGGAGAGAUAUACAUAGGGUAGUUUUUGUAAUUAGAAAAGAAUGUUGAUCAGUGCAUGCUGAACCGUUAAUGGAAUAACAAAGAGCAUCAGUGCAUCGUGAGUGCAACCCUUAUCCGCGAGCGUUCAAACGAGACGCUAUUUCGGGAAAACGACCGCCAUCAUGAAGUCUCCCGACGUGUGUAUAUAGGAUCAUCGCGUUCCGGAGUGUACAUCGAUACUGUAUGGUGUUCCAGUGGGAUUACGAUAGAAGUGAUGUGAUAACAUGGAGAUAGUUGCUGUGCUUUUUACUUCGUUCGUUGGAAAACGAGGAGUGCCUGGCACGUGUCUUCUAUUUUAUAGUUGUAACGCGUACGAGGUAGUUUAUAGUAUGCCUUUUUAAAGGGGUAUUGCGUACUUGUGCAUGUAUAUUCGCGGAAGCGGUCGCCGGUGAAUAUAUCGACUACGAUUCGGGUGAAUUUAUGAUCCCGAGUGUGAGUCACGUGAUGAUUAUUAUUGUAUCUAUUUCAAACCCAUAUUGUCCAAAAUUACAACAGCAUACUGCUGCCGUCGAUGCCUGGGUCCCUGCCGUCACAAUACGCCACUGAAGCAACGAAAUACUAUUGUACUGCUGCUUUAUGCAUUGAAAUUCAACGCGAUCUACAAAGGUCCAAUUGGAACUGCACAUUUCUACAAACCUUGCAUGAUAUGCACACUCGCAUUGAAAGAACAUCCCACCCCCAUCAACCGAUUUCGCAGCGUACCUACAUUCGCACACAGUUUCCGCUUUAACGGAAAGUGCCUUCUGCAGUGCACGCUGGAUUAAUCCUGCAUGGACGUUUUUAGGUCUUGAACCCUCGAAUAACAGCAUUGAAGAUUUCAUUGGAUUUAAUAAAAUUCAAAUAGUAAUGGCUGUGUUAUCUUUAAAGAUGUAAAACUCGAGGAAUUACUUAAAUACGUAAAUGUGAACACGCGUUUUAAUUGAUGCGGGUCGAACGUCAAAUAUGUGUCAAUCGAAUAUACCGGUAGUCUGAACGUGAGUUAAUGUGUGUUUAUUUCUACAUGGGAACUUAGGAAAAGCAUCGCGUGUGAAGUUAAACUUCGGAAGAAAAUAUUAUCGACACUCAAAUCCAACAAAGAUCAUAUCGUUACUCAUAUCGCGUAUUUAAUGGUUCCAUUAUGAAUCGGUCUAGGUCAGUGCGAAUAUCGACCUAUUCAUGAAUUCUGGCACACUCCGCAAUUGUAAAACUCGCUGUCAUUAAACAUAUGAGAAACUCAACGCGGUGCUUGUAUGUAAGUGAUGUGCUAGCAAUCGAUUGCCUCGCGGACUUGCUGUAUUCACGAGUCUUCUUGAUCAAUACCCACGCGAAAUCUUUUAUCAAUACGCAGAGAGACGUUUGGUGAGAAUUUUUCAUUCAAACCGGAAGUAAACAUAAGCGAUCAGAAAUUUCCAAUAUGGCCGCUGACUGGUAGUCGGUGUCCAAAUGAAAAAGAUGAUUUAUAUCGAUUUUUGCUUGUCGUCUUGUUAACAAUGCGAGAAAUAUUGAUGAACUAUAAUUCGCGAAAUGAAAUGCGUGUAAUGCUGUCUUCUUUGCCAGUUACCGACAUUUAAUUGGUCGUGUUUAUGACGUUGAUGCGUUGAUAGUUGAAGGAAGACAGCACUGUAAUGUACCCGUGUAGAUAUAUUGCAAUAGUUACUGCCACUAAUGCAAGUGUGCGACUACUUUUACCGUGUUCUUUUCAUGUUUAAGUACUAAAAGAUUCAAUAGCAUAAGUGAAAAAAGUUGCUUUAACGAGCGAAUACGUAACUAGUGGUACCCUGCUUUAACAAUCGGCAUGGAGUUAAAAGUAUUCUUUGCGAAAGUGCGCCUUUUCCUGAUGUUCUGUGAAAUGGUGCUUCUGGGUCACGUGGAAAGUUUGGUGGAGCAAUUCCCGCUCAAACUUAAUCAUAAUUUACGCCAGGAAAAAGGCGAAGAGGAAGGUGACGUAAGUUCAGAAGAAACUCAUAUGCAGAAACUUUCUAUGAAUUUUUCUAUCAGUGUGGAGUCCUUAGAACAGAGUAAAAUGCUAGAAUUCAUUGACACUAUACGCACAAAUGUGUCUGCACGGACAGAGUUGUGUAAACAGUCUAAGACACAGCAGUCGAUAUCUCUGAGUGAUUUUAAUUAUAAAUUUAAAGCAUCGUCUUUCACACGAUAUAAACAUCAGUCGGAGCGCGGCAGGUUUAUAUCCCGCUAUUUGACGACUCUAUACACACACAAUUCUGAUGUGCAAUUUCAGUCUUUCACGGAUGAACACGUUCCGGCCAUAAUUUCUAUUUUAAGACUAAUAGUAGAGGAUGACCCACACAUAGCUGGCGGUGGUAUUGCCUUUGCCACAAACUUCUUCCCUUACGUCACAAAAAACACAAAUGACAUAACGACUAAAGAUGUAGAAGACUUUUCAAAAUACUAUCCGAACUUCACCAACCAGGAUUUCUAUUCAGUUCAUUCUAAAAAUAGAUUAACCACUAACGCCGGAAGUUCCCCGCUUCCGGUUGAAGGUAUUUUCUGGGGACAACCCUAUUACGAUUGCUACAAACUCAAGCGCUGGAUCGUCGGGGUCUCAUUUCCGUUCUACAAUAACGCAACGAAAUCGGAAUUCAAGGGAGUGGUCCUACUCGACAUUGACCUCAACCAAACGUCCAUCAACCAAUGUGACGACUCAGAUACCGUCUUCGCCGGCUCUCACAAGUGCCGACCGGAGACCACCAGGUGCAAAUAUGUUCCGUUCGGGAUGUUUGCGUCUGGAAACUACGAAUGCCAUUGCAGAUCCGGAUUUUAUUUCCCAAACCUUAAUGCCACGCAGAAGUAUUUCACCGGAACUCAACUAGAGCACCACUUCCUGUCGAGCAUGCGCGGUGACCUAAAUAUCACGAGCGAAUAUCAAUGUCUUCCGUGCCGCCAGGGGUGUGCGGAUUGCGAUAACGCCGGGCCAUGUUUUGUGGAAUAUAACAUCUUAUUACGGGGAGUCCCCCUAGGCUUUCAAAGCUUUUGUAUGACUAUAACCUUGGUGCUCGGAAUAGUUGUACUACGCGUGAGAAAAUGCAAGGUGAUGGUGAUCGGGAUGUGGUGCUUAUUAGAGAUCAUACUCCUGGGUGCUGUAUUGCUGUAUGCUACUGUCGUCGUUCAAUAUUUUGAACCGUCUUCUACUAUAUGCCUCAUUGUGCCGUGGCUGCGUGAAUUGGGAUUCGCCAUUUUAUACGGAGCCCUCGUUCUAAAAAUAUACAGACUGCUGGCCGAUUUCCAGUCGAGAAAGGCUCACCGUGUUCAUGUCAGGGAUAAGGACCUCCUAAAAUACCUCCUCAGUAUCGUCGUCGUCGUCAUCGGCUAUAUGGCUGCUUGGACUUCCGUCAAUAUAGACCAGGUACAGGAGGGCGCCUCGCUGAUAGACAUAGGCCUCACAGAGGACCGGCUCAGAUACCGGAUAUGCAGGUCCGGAUGGUGGGACUACUCCACGGAGUUCGCUGAAAUCCUGUUCCUGCUGUUCGGCCUGUACCUGUGCUACCGAGUAAGGGCGGCACCAGCGGAGUUUCGGGAGGGCUUCUACAUCUCGCUCACCAUCCUUCUCGAGUUUGCAGCAUCCUUGGCGUUUUAUGUUGUACGGCAUAUAUACUGGUUAACGUUACAUCCGGACUACCUGUUUCUGAUGUACUUUUUACGGUGCCAGGUGACGGUCAGUACCACACUCGUGCUGGUGUUCGGACCAAAGCUUUGGUACGCCCAUAGGCCUCUGGACGACAGAAACAUUCGGAACAGAGCUUACUCAACUUCAGACGUCCCCGAUAAUAUGGCACCGGAAGCUAUGAAAUUAAACGUUGGCAUCUCGUCUAACGGCGACGUCGACGUUGGUGACGUCAGUUUAGCGGAUAUGGAUCCGGAAGAUAUAAGGGUCGAGUUGAAGCGUCUGUAUACUCAAUUACAAGUCUACAAAACGCGAAAUAUGAGGCGAGAUAACCCACAUAUUUCAAAGCGUCGCGGAGGCCGGAAACAAACACACAGACGUUUUUCUUUGCAAGCAGCUUUUCAUCACAAACACAAGCAUCACCAUGACCAUGAUCACGAACACGAAAUGUCGAAAACACCCGAGGAGAGCACGAACUCUGCCGAAGGCCUUCCGAUGCCCGUCGAAAGUAGUGCCACGAAAUGUGACGAUGUAAACGAAGUUAAACCAACCGUGUCAUUUAAAAUGGCGCAUUCUCAUAAAUGAUACUGAUUGUAGUGCUUGAACUUUAAUAACUAAUUUAUUAUGAACAUGCUAAAGUGUUUAAUUAUAUAAUUUUUAUAAAUGCGUUUGUCGUACUUUAUGUGUUGACAAUGAUAUUGUGUUUCGUGAAAUGUAUACAUUAUCAUUUAAGGGAAGUAAUGCCGUGGCAGCAAGUGUUUAAAACACAUCCUGAGUUGUCGUUCUUAGAACGAUGAUCUCUGUUAAAACGACUUUCGUUACUUCAUUAAGAUGAACUGCACAGUUGUGAACUUUCUACAGAAAGCAACAUGUUACGGACGAUGUAAUUGCAAGAUUUCUCAUCUGUUCCUCUCGCUAGUAAAUGUGAAGUUACGAAUUUUGUAGUGGCACGUGGAAUAAUUAAUUGUGCUAAGGAUUGUAUCUAUUGUUUGGACACAUGAAAUUGAUACAUAUGCUGAGGAGUGUAUUGUUUGGGCGCGUGGAAUCAAACAUGUUGCUGAGAGGUUUAUAUUUAAGUUGCAGGUGUCUUACACGUUUCACAAAAUAAAAAUGUCUUUUACAUUUGUGUAGGUCAUUUGUGAGACUUAGAUAAAUUGAUAAACAUG